GCAGCCAGGAUGCGAGAAGACCUAGCUCAAAGACGCUGAAGGACUUCCCUUUUGCUUUGAGCUCUACGCUGACGGAGCAGAGGGGUCCCAGCCCUCAAGGAGCUAGCAACUUCAGCAACUCCGCACCUCUCUUCGGAAGGCGAAGGACAUCCGCACCCUCCUCCGGUCGCCCACGGACGGGACCAGGUGGCCAGCGGCGGCCGAUGACCUCUUCGAUGCCCUUAGCAGGGAAGGAUGGUCAUCUCAGCUUCCCGACUUUGGCUUCCACCUUUUCAGCGGCAUUGCCAUCGAAGCCAAAGACGUGCGUCUUGCAGCGAACGUUGUACAGAGAUAAGCUUGUGACAUGCACCGUUCUGCUGGUCAUGUCGUUAAGCUUAGUCGCCGCAUUCAGAUAUGCGGGCGUCCGCCUCCGGCUGCUGCGUGGGAACAUUGUACACUGGCAAGGAGACUGCAUCGUAAACGCUGCGAACGUGCACCUGGAACCCAGUCGGCAACCGGAAUAUUGGCGCCACAUUGGGCGCCGUGAUGUGAAUUCGGCGGUCCAUGAUCGCGCAGGACCUUCGUUGGCGAAGGAGUGUCUUUCCUUGCCUCUGGUGGAGAGCGAAGCUUCAAGCGAGGAUUGGGUGGCUUCUGCCCCUGGCCAUGGAGGUAAGGUACGCUGCCCGCGUGGAGAGGCACGACUGACGGGCGGCCACCUGCUCCAGUGCAAGCACCUGAUUCAUGCUGUUGGACCCGACUACGACACAGCCGUACGUUGUGCGGGGUCUGCGAAAGCAACGGCAGAAGCUCAUGAGAAGGCAAAACAGCUGCUGGCAGAUACGUACAAAAAUGCUUUCACUCUGGCGAACAAAGCAUCUGCAAGAUCGGUUGCACUUCCUGCGAUCUCCUGCGGUGUCAAUGGCUUUGGUGGCUAUGAUUCCUUGGACUGCGCGGCUAAGGUGUCCAUCCAAGCAGCUUUGGAGAAUGUCGGGAACGUCCAGUCCAUUGAUUUCAUUCUGUAUGAUGCGAUCUGUUCGGAAGCUUGGGAGGAGGCUGCAGAUGCCAACGAAGGAGUCAUGGAAACGAAGCUGGAAUGGAUGAGCUCGUCUUUGGCCGGCAUGGCUGUGAUCCGCACCAUGCGGCCACUGCACGAGGGAGAGCCAGGGCGUGCCAUGCAUGCCUAUGAUUCAAGAGAGCUCGAGGCACAGCAGCUGCUGAGACAGCGGAAGAAGAUGGCCAAGCAGGAGGUAAAUGAGGUCAUGAAGUUUGACGACGCAUUCGACAUGGCCAAAGUAAGGGCCGUGCAGCGUACUGCAGCGGAGAGGAAGAUGCUGAGCCAGCUGCCGAUACAGGUAGGGAACAGCGGAUCUCCCAUGUGCGUCAGAGAGCUGCUCGGACUGAGGAAGAUCUCGAGCACAAGCCUCUUCAGCCGCCGGAAGUCAAAUGACUCCCUCUGGGGCUCUAUGGUGCUGUCCAAGAUCCCGGGCAGCAAGGAAGAAGCCGAGUCCGAGAAGGUUUUGGAGGGUCGGCGAAAAAGCUCCAUCAAGCAAAGUUUCAACUCUUUUGGAGAUGUGGUCGUUGCGGCACAAGCGGCAGCUCGCAAAGAUCUUCUGGACAGCUCGCCUCGAUCUGCGAAAGGAGGCGAAUCACGGAGGAACUCCUUGAGAAGAGGAUCCAUAGCCGAAGAGACUGUGGCCAGGCUUCUGCGCCGCAGUGCUUUCAACAACGCAGAUUUGAAGGAUCAGUUCGAGCUGAAGGAGAUCUUAGAUCCGCCGGCUCCCGCCGAGAUGUACACCCGCUUCAAGGCCUUGGAGCAGCUCCUCCAUACUUUCUAUACCCUCCAGCUUUGCGCAGAGCAUAGCACCCAUAGACACAUGAGGAGUAAAGAGGGAAGCGUGACGGAAAAGCUGGAUGAUCCGUUUUCCCUGGCUAAGCAUCGCGACUUCAAGAGCCCUCAAUUCAACAUCGAAGCUUGA